UUUCAUUCUAGUGCAGGGCCCCGCCCACACGCUGGUGAUUGAGCCGGUGAGUUAAAUGCCCGGGGGAGGGGCGGGGAGCGCGGAUGUUCCAGGAGAAGAAGAAGAAGAAGAGCGGAGACUGCGCGGGAGGAGGAGGCGCCGCACAUUCAAUUCACAUAACGGGAAUCCCGAGUGGGUCAAGAGUGGGGGGACCUACAAUUCAUGCGUCACUGCCCCCCCCCCCCGCGUGUGGAUCUAUUGAGUUCCCUGGAAGGACCAUGACUCCAGCAUCCGGGGGCCAUUGGAUGGAUCUGCCCCCCAGUAGGAUCUGAUGGAAACCAGAGCAGGUGCCGCGUCAUGUCUGGGCCCCCCCAGUAACCAGCCUGAGCCCCCCAUUAACACUGAGGCCAGAGAUAAAGGAGGGGCGACUGCAAUGCUGAACUGCAACGUCUCUGCUCCUCCGGCUGCCGACGUCUGUCACAGAGUCAAGUUGAGGUUCCUCAGGAGGAUUGUCCUGGACUCUGACCAAGAGGAGCCCCCCGUGUUGGAUUUAUCAUUAUCUGGGCCCCACAACAAGCUCAUCCCCAUCUCCAGGGCACGGAGAGCCAUUGCCAAGAGGUCUCAGGGGGUCAGCGACCCGGGAGUGGACAAUGAAGUCUCCGAAUCGAAAGGUUCUUCUUCUAAAGGGGGCGACGCAGAAACAGAACCGGAUCAACCCGGGGAACCCGAAGAGAAAGCGGAAACCCCACAAGAUGUCCCUAAGUGCAGAAAAGAGGAGGAAGAGGAGAAUGAGGAGGAGGCCGAUAUCAAGGCCGUCUCUACCUCUCCCGAUGGAAGGUUUCUGAAGUUUGAUAUUGAAAUAGGAAGAGGCUCCUUUAAGACGGUCUAUAAGGGUUUGGACACGGAGACGUGGGUGGAGGUGGCCUGGUGUGAGUUGCAGGACCGUAAAUUAACCAAAUUGGAGCGCCAGAGGUUUAAGGAGGAGGCGGAGAUGCUGAAGGGGUUGCAGCACCCCAAUAUUGUCCGCUUUUAUGAUUUCUGGGAAUCCUGUCUGAGGGGGAAGAAGUGCAUCGUACUCGUCACGGAACUCAUGACAUCAGGGACGUUAAAAACAUACUUGAAGAGAUUUAAGGUGAUGAAGCCAAAGGUCCUGCGCAGUUGGUGCCGGCAGAUCCUGAAAGGGUUAAUGUUCCUGCACACGCGCACCCCUCCCAUCAUCCACCGGGACCUCAAAUGUGACAACAUCUUCAUCACGGGACCCACCGGCUCGGUGAAAAUCGGAGACCUCGGCCUGGCGACCCUGAAACGCGCCUCUUUCGCUAAAAGCGUAAUAGGCACCCCCGAGUUCAUGGCCCCCGAAAUGUACGAGGAACAUUACGACGAGUCGGUGGACGUUUACGCUUUUGGGAUGUGCAUGCUGGAAAUGGCGACUUCGGAAUAUCCGUACUCGGAAUGCCAGAACGCUGCGCAGAUCUACCGGAAAGUGACCAGCGGGGUGAAGCCGGCGAGUUUCGAUAAAGUGGCGGAUCCGGAGAUCAAGGAAAUCAUCGGCGAGUGCAUCUGUAAGAAUAAAGAGGAGAGAUACGGAAUUAAAGACUUACUAAGCCACGCCUUCUUCGCGGAAGACACGGGGGUGCGGGUGGAGUUGGCGGAGGAAGACAACGGUAGAAAAUCUUCUAUUGCCCUGCGGCUGUGGGUGGAAGAUGCAAAGAAGCUGAAGGUCAAACCCAAAGAUAAUGGCGCCAUUGAGUUCACUUUCGACCUGGAGAAGGAAACCCCCGAGGAUGUUGCACAGGAGAUGGUGGAAUCCGGGUUCUUCCAUGAGAACGACGUGAAGAUCGUGGGCAAAUCAAUAAGGGACAGAGUUGCGCUGAUCCAGUGGAGGAGAGAGAGGAUCUGUCCAGGGCACGGCGAGAACGAGAUCUCGGAGCAGCCGCCAGUAGUCCAGCCACCUCUCAUGCCAUUGGCACACUCUUCCCAAAUUGCCCAAUACAUCCCCUCUGAGCCAGAGGAACUGGACACUGACCAGCACUUGUUUCACCCCAAUCUGCCAGCCAGCAUCACAUCCCUUGCCUCCGACAGCACAUUUGACAGCGGCCAGGGCUCGACUGUAUAUUCGGAUUCUCAGAGCAGUCAGCAAAGUGUCAUCUACUCCUCUCUGCCAGACUCGCUGCCUCCCGCCAUCCACAGGGUCUAUAGCCCCCCCAUCUUAGAGGGUCAGACUUUGCUGCAGGCCCAGCACCUUGGCCAGUACCAGCCCCCCACGCCUGGUAUUCAAGUUGCUACUGGCACCCUCCCGGCACUUGGUCAACAUUACCAAGACCCCAAUUCCCAGUACUCGCCGGUGGUACAAGCAAAUACCUUUCCUUCUGCCCAGUUUGCUCAGUUGCAGUCGGGGUUAUCCAGCCAGCCGCACCCAGUCGUACAGCAAAUCCUGGCACCUCAGACCAUGUGCCCCGUGCCGUCGAGCACCCACCCCUUCCCACAGUACCAGCUGCCACCCACCCAACUGAAACCUCUCCAGAUUCCUCCUGUGCCCCUGCAGCAUCAGCACCCACUUCCCAGCACCCAGCUUCCUCUGUACCCCCAUAUUUCAGCAGUUACUCCUCUCCCAGGAUUUGAGACUCUCCCGGCCAAUCUCUCUGACUUGUCUGCUCUCUGUAUCGCCCCAAUGCCUGCCCCCUGUCAGUACUUGCCCCCAGGCAUGGUGGUGGCAAGUAUCCCAGUGACCCCUGCUAUAGCCCCACCUCAGCCUGUGCAAACCAUCAAUCCCCAGUUGAUGGUGCCAUAUGAGACCAACGUAGCCCUGAAUCUGCCCGUGGGCACCGUUCCAUUACUGGCCAUGGCAGCAACUGGUGUACAAAUGUUACCCACCCCACAGGCCAUUUCCCAGAACCCCCAAGUUCAGCCGUUCCAGGCACCCUACCCACCCAUCAUCAUUCAGAGUGAUGUUCCCUCUCACACUGCCUCCCAACAAGCAACAGCUCCACCUCCUCAAUCCCACCAUCUGAGCAUUCCUCCUCCCUCCGACCAGGCCUCGGCCGGGGCAUGUAACCAGGCUGUUGGUUUCCCCCAACAUCCUCUGGAUGUGGGAACUGCCAUGGGGUUUAUGCCAGUGGGACCUUCUGCAGUGAUGUCUCCACCAGUGCAGUUUCCAGCUGAAAUUGCCCCUCUGCAGCCCCCUCUGGAACACAUCAACCCUGCAACCUACAAACACACAGAUGUAGCCGCUCCACUGAAUCACCAGAGCAAAUCUAUUCAGACUGAGGGUCAUCACCCCGAAACCCCACAGCCGCCAGUCUAUGAGAGCCAAACUCUCUACCAAACCCUCCGGCCUGGGGAGAUAAGUGUAGAGGAGCCGCAUGUGCUGGAGAAUCCAGUGAGUCUGACACAAAGCUCUGAUAACUAUGCAGGUUCAGACGCUGCGUCUGGUAGGGAGAUGAGUGAUGGCGGAGAAGGUGUUCAUGGAAAACCAACCAAAAAGCAUCACAGGAGGUCUUCCCGGACUCGCUCCCGCCAAGAGAAGGCCAAUAAACCCAAAUUGACUAUUCUUAAUGUCAGUAAUACGGGUGACAAGAUGGUGGAAUGCCAGCUGGAGACACACAACCAUAAAAUGGUAACAUUCAAAUUUGACUUGGAUGGCGAUGCACCAGAUGAGAUUGCCACAUACAUGGUGGAGAAUGGAUUUAUUCUGCAGAUGGAGAAGGAGAUCUUUAUUGAGCAAAUGAAGGAUGUUAUAGACAAGGCAGAAGACAUGUUGAGUGAAGAUACAGAGGGGGAGAGAAGCUCGGACCAAGCGGCGAGUCCUCACAAAGUGGAUUCUCAUGGGAGAGAGACAAGGGAGGAAAAUGCCCAGAGUCAAAUGAACACUCCGGUUUAUCAACAAAAUGUUUUACAUACUGGGAAGAGAUGGUUUAUUAUAUGUCCAGUGGCGGAAACUGUCGGUUCCUCACUGCCAGAAAUGGUCCUAACUCCCUUAAAUAUCCAGAAGCCAACGGAUAUUAAAGAUCCGACAGUCUGUGAGGAUUCAGUAUUUGCCAUAAAUGCGGAUAAGUCGGAUCUUUCUGUGACGCAGAACGUAUUGUGUGACAACGCCAGUGCCAUUCCUGCCUCAAGGACACAAUCUUCAUCUACAAUAUCCUCCUCGGAUCUUCAAACCCAGACAGAACUAUCAGUUUCUGCCCUUCCUGAGUCUCUCUCUUUCCUCCAAGAAGAACAGAGACAUUUCAGCCCUCCUGCAGUUACACAGCCUCUAAUGGACUCUACUGCAGCCUCUCUUAUUCAUGAGGCUGCCAGAGCGGAGGUCUGUGAGAGGAUGGAGUCCGAACAGAAACCCAGUUCUCCAUCUUUUGACCCAGCAUCUAGCACCGUAAAUCCAACCGAACCGGCACAAGCAGUCCUUUCCUUCUCCAACCAAGACAGAGGAGCCACUCAUCAAAAACAAACUCUAGAUCUACUCCUAGAGCAGAAUUCAUUGUAUGGAUCCAGUAUUGGUUCCCCUGUUGUAAACUCCAUAAAACCAGAGGCCCCCAUGCCCAGUUCCUUGGCUUCUCAGGAAUGCCAGCCACACCCUGAUUCUGAUAUUUCUACACCACUGAUACCAGUGCCAGCUGCCACUCAGUCCCUGGUUAUGCCAGUUGGUAGCUCAUCUUGCCAACAGCCUAGUAUUACUGAGUCAGACGGGGAAGGCCCCCCAAGGGUAGAGUUUGCGGAUGACACUAUUAAAUGCUUAGAUGAAAAGCUUCGCACUCUGUUGUACCAGGAAUAUGCCCCUGCCAAUGUUCCUGCCGGAACGCCAGACAACUGUUCUGGAACAGAAAGUGGAGCAGAGGGACUUUAUGGGCAGCCAGGCAAUGGAGAGGCAGUUGCUGAAUCCAGAAACCUCUCCCAGUCCAUCUCUGCAUCCCAAGAGAAAGCAACGGAACUCGGUGAGAUUGUCACUGAGACAAGUGCAUAUGAUUUGCCAAACCACAAGAUUCAGGCUUCACCACCAAACCAUUCCCAGAGGAGGGAUUCUGGCACCCAGAAGAUUCUGAAAGAAACUGCUUCUGAUUCUUCUCCCAACAAGAGAGAGACUCCUGACAAGUCCUCCAAAACCAUUGGCAGGUUCUCAGUUAUAAGUACAGAAGAUGACGUCACAAUGACCUCUCCAAAUUACAUGAGAUUUUCAGCCCCACCUGAUGUCUACCUGGACCAAGCUCCACCACAACCAGCCAAGCCCUCUGUCCCUAGAGCUCACACCUCAUCCCCCAUCAACUCUCUGUUCUGUGGCCAUGUUUCUAGCGAUUCUGGAGACGAUGCCCCUCACUCCAAAUUCAAAGAUGCUCAGCCAUCCACCCCAAGCAAAGGGGGCACCAACGAUUUCAUGAAGAAGGCUGCUGCUUUCUUGCAUCGCUCUGGAAAGGCCAGUACCCAAAGCCCUGACUCUCCUAAUGGCCAAGUCAUGAAAAUCCCUUCAAUAAACGUGACUUCUUUCCAUUCGCAGUCCUCCUACAUGAGCAGUGACAAUGACUCCGAGUUUGAAGAUGCCGACAUGAAGAAGGAACUCCAGAGCCUCCGGGAAAAGCACAUGAAAGAAAUAACUGAACUGCAAGUGCAGCAGAAGAAGGAGAUUGAGUCCUUAUACCUCAGGCUGGGGAAGCCUCUGCCUCCCAAUGUGGGGUUCCUGCAUGCGGCACCCCCUAGCGGCCGCCGGAGGAGGAUCAGCAAACAUAAGCUGAAAACUGGCAAACUGCUCAAUCCGCUGGUGCAGCAAUUAAAGAAUUCAACAAACAGUCCAAGUCGCAUUUCCCCAGAAUGCAAUGGCUCCCCUGUUAAGGAUCCUGCAAAGCCUCACGCAGACUGCGCUGCAGGAACCUCGCCAAGCCAUGCCGUACAGACGCAGCAGCCUUGCUCUGUCCAAGUCACCAUGUCGUCUGAUAAUAUCUGUUGUGGGGUCAUCCGGGACGGCGUCGAUGUGCAGAGCAGUUCAAGCCAAGGCUGGACGGUUUACCAUCAAACGUCUGAGAGAGUCACCUAUAAAUCUAGUAGCAAACCUCGUACCCGAUUCCUCAGUGGACCCGUGUCUCUGUCCAUCUGGUCCACCCUGAAACGCCUGUGCCUAGGCAAAGAUCACAGUAGUAGAUCUUCAACUAGUAGCCUUGCAACUGCCCCCGAGGCCUCAGCAAUGCCACCACUCAACGCACAACCAAUCCAACCGCAGGCCAACAACAGCAAUAACAACAAGAAGGGAACGUUCACGGAUGAUCUCCACAAGCUGGUGGAUGAGUGGGCCUGCAAAACUGUUGGUGUGGCACAAUUUAAACCAUCAUUAAACCAACUGAAGCAGUACCAGCAGAGACAAGAUCUGGAGCUGAAGUCUGUGCCCAACGACCUGUGCGACAUGAAUCGUGCCAUGCCAGAAUCCAGAAAGAGAUACAGCAUUCCUAUGGCUGCCCCUCCGUCUGUACCACUGGCUCCACUCCUGUCCUCCUCUGUCCCUGGAGCCGUGCAGCCUGGUACCUUUGUGAUGCCCUUUUGUCCAUAUGCAGCACCGUUGUAUGGCAUGUCCUGGGCAGGAGCCGCUGAGCAUGGGACUGCAGGAAAUCAGAUCAAUGCCCAAUUAGCCCCGAUAGGCAACCAAAUAUUCCCUGUGGCACUGCAGCACUCAGGUCUGCACCCUGCUGGAUCCAACAUGCGGAUUACGUAGCUCAUUGCCUUGUUUCCUUUUAGUUUCAGUUUUAACAGUGUUUGAGCCAACCAGCCUCAUGUUAUUUAUUAUUAUUUUCUGUAGUUCCCCCCCCCCCCUCCAUCGGUGUUUGCAAGGCCUGCCGUGCAGUGCGAUUUAUAAUGCAGCGAUUUUACGCCCUAUAAUGGUUAUUUGGAAACCGUGUCCUGCUGGUAUCCAGUCCAAGCCAAACGCUCACAUAAGCACCGCCCACACCACUGUGAAAGUCCGCCAGCUAGUCACAUGAUCACAGCAACAGCCCCUCCCUCCCUAUUGCUGCAAACGCUUUCUGUACUUAGAUUUCCCACAAUCCUUUAUGUAAACUACCCUUUCUGCUCUUUCCAAUUCAGGGUGGUUUAGUGCCUUGAGAUGUUACUUUCCAGUCCCUCUGGAAGGACCUGUAAAAAGCUUGAAAAGAAGGUUUUUAUUUUUAAAUCCUAUUUUUCUUUUUUUAAUUUAGAUUGUUGUUUUUUUUUUUAGCAACAAGCAGCGCAGGCUUACGCUGGAAUACCUGCUGCACGUUUAGCAGUCACCAGUAUUUAUUCGGAUUUACUGCCCCUGUAUGAUUGCAAACGAUCCCCCCCCCAAAAAUUAGCAGUGGGAUGAAAUAUGGUUAUUUGGGGGUGGGUUUCUGAGCCACAGAAAACUCACACCUUGGAACCAUUGUUCACCAAAAGACUGAGCGAUUGUUUUAGAGAUUACGGAUCGCUCCUGUCCAGUUUGGGGCUUCCUUCUUAGCAAUUUCCUGCUGGUUUCUGGUUUUAAUUCAAAUUUAGUUUGAACUAAGCAGCGCCCAUACCUUUUAACUGCAGCCGCUUUAAUAAAGAUUUGGUGAAUCGGCAGCUGGAUUUGUGCAUUAUGAGAUAUUCACUUUUUUUUUUAAAAUGAAGAUUUAUGCAGAAUUACAAUGAUACGGAUAACUGAAAGGAGCUGCUACUCUCCGUAUUCCCAGGCCCUGUGAAGGAAAGGGUCUCCCCUCAUCAAAUGGAACAUUUUAGGGUGAAAAGGUACCUGCCUCCCCAGGAUCAUAGGAUUUGCAGUCUAAUAUCACUAGUUCUUGAAUUCCAUAUAACGUCUUCCUGAAGGUGACCGACUUUUUGGCUACAGUCGUUCUACAUUUAUCCACCAGAGAUGUGAGGGCUGUUACAUCUCAUCUGUCUGUGUUGCACAAGUGAUAGUCCUGCCACCCCACUGUCGCCGCUGAAACAACGGAAUAUACAGAGGCUUUGCUGUAUUUGUCUCUCCUGCACUGAACAAGUACUCUCCUUUCUAAUAAACCCACACCAUUAAUAGUUAAAGAGCCAGGGGCCCAGUUCAGUGCAGGAACUGCCAUAUGACUGUGAUCACGAAUACCAAUCGUUAUGUUAUGCAAUGUAGAAUUAGAUAUAUUCAUCAGAAAUAUUAGCAUCCAAUUGGCCACCUUCUGGGAGUGUGCCACCCUAAAAUCAUCCCUGGAGCUUUCUGCUUUGUACAUUGUAUUUUAUUAUCUCACGUCUCCCACUUACCUCUAGGAACCUCUUCUGCGGCUUUGGGGUGAGACGACAAAAAGCGUUUCAAUCACAGAUUUCCAUCUGUUGGCUCCAUGAGGUUGGGGGUCUCUGGAGUUUAGGUUCUGUAAAACUGAAUAUAUUCAGAAGUCAGGAUAGCAAUUCAAACAUCAUAUUGCAUAGAAUGUUUCAGUGCUACAAGAUCACUUCUAACUGAACUGUGCACCAUUUACUUUAGCCCUGUUUGGAACCACCCCUUCAGGUAAGUCUCCUCCAGUACUUACCUCAAUACAGAGCUCUAAGUUUCUGUACUUCUGAUUUGUGGGCUGCUCUCUUUCUCACAGUAAGGCGCCCCCUGGGUAAGUGAAUCCAACCUUCCCCUGUAUUUACCCAGGCACGUAGCUCUGAUUCUCUGUACCUCCUACUCUGGGUAAGUAUUGGGGUCUUUAGAUUCACUUACCAUGGGCUGGUUCCUGUUUGACAUGGGGAAAAAGAGCAGUGCAGGGAAUAAGUACUGAGAGGCACCUGAUUCAUUUACACAGGGCUUGUUCCAUGAAGGGUAAGUAAAAGGGGCAAUUGGACGUUUAAACUUUUACAUUGCUACACAGGUUAAGUUCCUUUUGCUUUUUACAGUUCUGGGACUAAAGAUUACAUAGUCCUUUAUAAAUAUAAAUGUAUUUAGUUUGUUUAACCCCUUCCUUCACCUGCACUCUUUCUUCCUGGUACCACCACUAGCUCCUUUUUUUUUGUCUUUAAAGUGCACCAGAUUGUAGUGCGCACACUAUUAAAUCAGUGGCUGAUUUCUGAUCUACACUAGGUGACAUGAUCAUGCCAUAACAGAACCCAGAACUGAUCCGACACGGUCAGUCACACAUAGUUGGAAACCCUUCUAAAAGUGUUUCUGUUUUUGGUGUAAGAGCAGCUUAUCUGAAACUUCUGCUUUGCCUUUGUUCUGAUCACUCUCACACUUGCCUUUUAUUUUUUGAACACAUGAAUUGCACUAUUUAUUAUAUGUCUUCUUUAAUCCCCUAGCUGUGUUAAUGAUGAUGCUCAUGUGACCACCAGAGAAGGUACAACUGCACCAAUAAACCAUUCUGUAUUAUCUUGCAGGUCCCACUGAUGCACUUCACUAUGUCACAGACUCCCCGUGUCUGUUCUGCUUAGGAACUGCACUAGCUGAAUGGUGCCAUGUUCCAGGGCAGAGUGUUUCUUUACUCUCAAUCCCACCUUAUGGCACCAGCCAUUGCCUUAUUCAAACAAUUAACUCCCCUUUCUCUUACCCAAAGGUCUUUAAGGAUAUGCACAGUAUAGUUGCUGUAAGAUCAACUGGAUUAGGGGUGCAAAUAGGGCCUUCUAUAUGACCCCAUAGAGCAGCAGAAGAGUAAAGGAACUGCACCAAAGUAAAGAAACCCCAAUCUCUACAUUAUAUAAUGGGCCAACCCAGUCUCAGAGCAUGCGCACUAUCUCCCCCCUACAAUGAUCUGUUCCCUGCUGGGGGGGCUGGGGACUUGCUGUGAAUUGUAUAGUUCUGUCUAGAUUCUGGGGUUCUUUUGCCAUUAACUGUAUUCUGUCGGUAACCCUGACUGUAAUCUGUCGAUUCUGUCUGAAUUGAAUUUUAUAUGCAACUAUAAAAACGUGGGAAACGGGCGAUCUAAGCGAGAGAUUUCUGUUCUCUUCAUUGUUUAUUUUUGUUUUUAGAUUGUAUAUUUCAUAAGGGAAACGUGGGAAGAACAGGCCACACUUUCUCAGUCUGCUUGCACUGAAUCCUACCUUUAAAUCUGUCCUGCCUGUUGUACAGACCCCUCUUCUCCCUGUAUGCUGACAGUGUCAGUGGCACUAAAUCCUCAAUAUUGUAUAUUAAUGAUACAAAAUAAACAUUUUGUGCUUGA